GUUCUAUCUUCGAGUAGUAACUGGAAGUUUUUUGUUUUAUUAAUUUAUAACAAAUAGUCCAAAAAUUAUUUAAAAAUGUUCUCAAAAGUGUUUGUUGUUCUUGCUACCGUCGUGUACGCUUCCGCAGCUCCCCAACACGCUGCCCAAUAUCCAGCUGGCGUUGAUCCCUCAAAAUGCCCCGGAUUUCCAAUUUGCGACAACGCUGCCCUUCAUGGAGUAAAUCCCGCGCCAUACAGCGCCCCGUCAUACCAUCAACCGCAAUAUUAUCAACAACCCGCUGCCCAAAAUUACGACGAAACUGGCGCCUAUGAUCCCCGAUACAAUGACCCCAACUUCCAAGGUCCCCAAAGCUACUAUCAACCCGCUGCUCCUGCUCACUAUCAAGCUCCUGCUCAUCACUAUCAACCCGCUCCUCAAGCCUAUGCUGCUCCCGUAAGCAAUCAUAUUGCUCAACCAGCUGCCGACAAAUAUCCAGCGGGAGUUUCUCCUCACGCUUGCCCAAAUUAUCCUUAUUGUGAUAUCAACGCAGGACACGCCGGACAAGUUCGUGCUGCUCCAUUGCAAGGAUUCACUGAACGUUUGUACCCCGCAGGAGUCAAUCCAGCUUCAUGCCCCAACUUCCCCGAUUGCCCAAUUGGACACUAAAUUGAAGAAUUUCGACGAAAUAGUGCCAAUUCCUUCAACUUUUUCUCCCUUUCCCAUCCAAAAAUCCUCAAUUACCUCUGAAUCUCCAUCCAACACUGCCAUAAAUUAUUACAAACAGCUUCAAAAUAUUUCUUAAAAAAAAAAGAAAAAUUUUAUUAAAAAAAAAUUGACGCGCGAAAAUGUGAUGAAUUAAAAAU